AUGUCGGCAGAAACACAAGUUUCGCAAGCUCAACACCCUUCCGCGGUAUCGGAUAGCCAGGAGCACAAGUUCAACCCAAACUUCACACAAGCUGUCAUCAAUGCGACGGGACCAAAGGCUACACCAAGGAUCAGGCAGCUUACGGCAGGAUUAAUACGGCAUCUCCAUGACUUUGCGAGGGAGAAUGAACUCACCGUCGAUGAGUGGAUGGCAGGAGUCGAAUUGAUGAACGAGGCAGGUCGCAUGUCAGACGCCAAACGCAAUGAAGGCCAACUGCUCUGCGACAUUCUCGGCCUCGAAUCGCUCGUCGACGAGAUCACCUAUAAGCUCGCCUCGACCGCCGCCGACGAACCCACUGCAACCGCUAUCCUAGGCCCCUUCUACCGUCAAGACGCUCCGAAACUGCCUAUGGGCUCCUGCAUCGUAUCCAAGGAGAUAAAUGAGCAAGGUGAUCGGACAUUGAUGCACGGCACUGUUACCGACUUCAGGACAGGGCAGCCUAUCGAGGGCGCGGUGGUGGAUGUAUGGCACACGGCACCCAAUGGGCUGUACGAACAACAGGAUCCAGACCAGCCAGAGAUGAAUCUCAGAGGCAGGUUUACAACGGGCAAGGAUGGGAAGUAUAGCUUCUAUUGCUUGAGGCCGGUGCCCUAUCCUAUACCUUUCGAUGGUCCUGCAGGCAAAGUGUUGCAAGCGCUGGACAGGCAUCCGUUCCGACCAGCGCAUAUACACUUCUUGCUCACUGCACCUGGCUACAAACCGAUUGUCACCCAAAUCUUCGACCGGAACAGCAAGUAUAUCGAUGACGACGCGGUCUUUGCAGUAAAAGACUCCCUUAUUGUAGACUUUGAACCUUUUGAGGGGGAUCCAAAAGCAGACUUUAAGCUGCCGUACGAUUUCAAGAUGGCAAGCUUCGAGGAUGCGAAGAAGCACUCGGUCGUGGGGACGACAGAAGAAAGCGCGUAA